CGCCAAUGGUGCUGAAGCAAGAGGCAACGCCAAUAUAAAGGCAACGACGAGAUGCUGAGCAACGUUUAGUACGAUUAAGACAGUGAGCUGAAGAGGAGAGUUUAAAGUGGAUGCUGGACAAGUCCUUCCCCAAAUGUAUAUUCAGUGCGAAAGGAUCAAUUGAAUGUAUAGUGUGAAUGGUGUAAAUGAUUUAUUUGACUGUUUGAAAAGGCUCUAUAAAAGAAAAUAAUAGCAUUUUCUGUUAACGGAAGCACAUCAAUAUUGUAGCGAUGAGUUCGAUCUUGUGGAGUGAUCUCGUGCCAAAUGCACUUCAGCUAUUGUCCCCGACUGCUUGGAUAGUGAUGCUGACAGUAGCAGCUUCCACCGUUAUCUUCUACCGUCAGCGAGCGGAGGUCGCCAAACACAUCAAUCGUAUUCCAGGCCCUCCUGCGUUACCUUUGCUGGGUAACAGUUUGCAAUGGUUGGUUGAUCGCGAUGAAAUGUUCAGUACCAUCAAUGGCGCAAGGUUACUGUACGGACGGAGGCAAGGAUUUAAUCGUGUCUGGGCCGGACUGAAGCCCUACAUUCUCAUUUCGAAAGCUACUGCCGCUGAGAGAAUUCUCUCUAGCUCCAAGAACAUUGAAAAGGGUCGCGAUUAUGAUCUGCUUAAACCGUGGAUUGGUACCGGUCUGCUUACGAGUCAUGCCGCCAAAUGGCAUCAGCGUCGUAAGAUGCUGACACCUACGUUUCAUUUUAAAAUACUGGCGAACUUUGUUGAGGUUAUGAACAAGCAAAGCUAUGUUCUGGUUCGGCAGCUGGAAAAACAGCUUAACAACACCGAAGGGUUUGAUUGUACGAUCUAUGCUACGCUAACUUCGCUGGAUAUUAUUUGCGAAACGGCCAUGGGCUAUCCCAUACACGCGUUGGAAAAGUCCGAUUCGGAAUACGUGAAGGCACAUGAGAAGAUAUCGGAAAUUAUUCUAGAACGGUUACAGAAGUUUUGGCUGCGUUCUGAUUUUAUAUUCCGCUUCACAAAAGCUUACACCGAGCACGAGCAUUGUUUGAAAAUCCUGCACGAUUUUGCUUACAGCAUGAUCCAAAAGCGCCGUGAAAUGUAUCGACAGCGAAAGCAGUCAAUGCUGUCGGAAACUGGAUCCGCUGAUAAUGCACCACACAGCGAGGAGGCGCAUGGUCAGAGAAAACAGCUUGCUUUCUUAGAUUUAUUGCUCGAGCUGUCGGAAGAUGGCCAGCUGCUAUCCGAUGCAGACAUACGCGAAGAGGUGGACACUUUCAUACUGGGUGGACACGAUACGACGGCCACUGCACUGGCGUGGAUGUUGUACUUGCUCGGCACGGACCAAACCAUCCAGGAGCGCGUCUUCCUGGAGAUAGACGGCAUCAUGGGUGGAGAUAGGGAGCGCCAUCCAACGAUGGCAGAGCUGUCCGAGAUGAGAUAUUUGGAGUGCUGCAUCAAGGAAAGCUUGCGACUGUUCCCCAGCAUUCCCAUCCUAUCGCGCACGCUCACUACGGGGGUGGACAUCGAAGGACAUCACAUACCGAGUGGAACGAACGCCGUGAUCAUGCUCUACCAAUUGCACCGAGACCCACAGUACUUUCCCAAUCCGGAGAAGUUUUAUCCGGAUCGUUUCCUGCCCGAAAACAGCACCAAUCGUCAUCCCUACUCGUAUAUUCCGUUCAGUGCCGGGCCACGGAACUGCAUUGGACAGAAGUUUGGUGCACUUGAGGAGAAGGCGGUGAUAUCGGCGGUGGUGAGAAACUACAAAAUCGAAUCAGUCCACCGUCGGGAAGAUCUGAUACUGUACGGCGAUUUGGUUAUGCGUACCAAAGGCGGUCUUAAGAUACGCAUCCAAAGAAGAAUAUAGUAAGAAAAAAAUGCCUACAACUUACAGCAUAUUUAAUCGAGAUUAAAUAUGAAUCGAAACGCAAAACGGCAAUAACUCCAACAUUCAAGAAAUAUUAUUAUUUCACCACUUCACUUGUAUGUAUAAUACGGACGUCACACGAGGCGUAAACUCAAAAAGUUUACGCUUGAUUUGUAUGGGAGAGCGUAAACUUCCUGUCAAAAGAUUUCAGGGUUGCAUGGCUGAAAUCCAGUUUACGCCAAAGUUUACGCUUCGUGUGACGUCCGUAUAAUACAGUAGGUGACCGCUAACUGAGAGGUAAACAAGCUCCAGUUAACGAACAAUGUUCGCUAACUGGAGUGACGUUUCUAUGGGUUGAUUGUUUUGAUCGGUGUUGACUAGAAUAAACAUACCAAACUUUUUUUUCAUUUAUAUUGAUAUAAAGUAUAGUAAUUCGUGUAAUAACAUAAACUAAUAGCAAACGUAGGCAAGAAACCCUAAAUUUGUUUGAAAAAUGCACAUUUGCGACAAAUUUCUCUUCAUGAGAUUCCGGAUGUUUCAUGUUUUGACGUUUAAGUAUUCGUUAACUGAGAAUCACUCCAGUUAGCGAACCUCCAGUUAAAAAGCACUCCAGUUAAAACACAUCCAGUUAGCGGUCACCUACUGUACUGUUUCGUUUUAUAUAAAACAAUAAAAGGGUAGGCGAUUACCGUGUGUUGUGCACACUGUCGGCGUGAUUAAAACAGUGGCUCUCAAACCUUUUUCAACCAGCGCCUACUUUUCCUUCAUUAUUGAUGCUAGCGCUCAUGCAUCGAGUAUUAGGAGCUUCCUGUAGCUGUUAAUCAGGGGUGGGAGAGGCUGUUUUCCCAUACUUCACUAUCCACACUGAUAGAAUACGUUCAACACGUUUUAAAGAAUAAAGGUUUUAUGAACAAAAGAA